AUGGAGAAUGUGCAUGGUGUUGACAUCUCGUGGAUGACCAGCCAUAGCUCCAGCAAAGACCACAGUCCUAAACCCCAUAUCCCCCCCACCGUUUCGGGGCCACAGAUUGAGAAAGAAUCCAAGUUGGCGCAGAACGGCGAUGGACCACCGCACACCCCAUCACCACAAAAGCCCGCGCCCCAACACCGUCCAAUCUUCUCGAGAAGUGCUUCCUCAGAGAGAACGGUGGCAUUAAAUGGAAGCGCAAGGUCCCAGUCCCCCUCCCCACUCCCGUCUCGGCGCAACUCAUGGCUCUCGAGCAUCUCCUCCAAAUUCUCCUCCUCGCCGCCGUCAAUUCAUAACACCCAUAACGCGGAGGGGAGUCCUGCCAGCCCCCAAAUUCCUCCUUCAUCACCCUCCCAGGAAACUCCAGGCCUUCCAGGUCCAAAUGCGCCAAAACAUGCGGUCUUACAACCCGCCGCAAAAGCUCCUGGCGAUGCGCCAUAUACACCAGCCCCGCCCAAGUCAACGCAGCCCAGCUUUUUACAAAACGCAUUACGAAGGUUAUCAUCUGGCGGCCAACUACCGCAUGGGAAUCAUGGCCAACAGCACGGCUUGUGUGAGAGAAGAGUGUUAAAUGUGGAUCGCAACCGGGAGCGGUGCUCUAUCUCCGAGCUGGACCAGUCAAAAUUACGAAGGGUGGCAUUUUGUGUCGAUGUAGAGAUUGCGAGUGGCCCGCGAUAUACUGAUGAUGCCGUGGACGUAAAGCACGGCGAACGGAGGCCGGCGAAGAAGAGUUCGGAGAAGGGAGAAGGUGUGGCAUUAAAACUCGCACAACCAAUUCCAGUUGACAACCAAGAGAGCGGGAUAGCCAAAGCUAGGGGCCAGAAGACGCCAAAGGAACCAGAAACCACGCCCUCGGAAAUGUCAGCUGUGUCACAGGAGGAGCCAAACCCUGGGGACAAGGACAGCAAAAAGAAGGAGAAGAAGAAGCGCAGCGAGGAAGAGAGGAAGGCCCGCAAAGAGAAGAAAAGAAAACUCGCAGAGGCGAAUGGGACGGUGCCAGUAGAGCUCGUUAGAAAUGCGAGUGAGAGCUCGCUGGGAAGCUCUCAAACUGGAAGUGGAACACCAAAGACCCAGCUCUCGCCCACUACAGACCCUGUUCGAAUAUACCGCCGGUGUUGUCAGUUACGGGAAACCCCAAUCUUAAAGAAGAUUACUGAACAGUUAGCCGCUUCGACCUCGGGCAUUGGGACACCUGGCGUGGUUGAUAAACUGGAUCUCACAGGGUAUUGGUUGCAACUACCUGAUCUUGUAACGUUGAGCGAUUACUUGGCAGUUGUCCCCGUUAAAGAUAUUAUCAUGGAGAAUUGUGGUCUCACUGAUGAGGGUGUCCGCGUUCUUCUGGCUGGGCUGUUGGCAGCCAAGUGCCCGAAUCAUCGGAGAUCUAAGUCCGAGAAAUGCAAAAACGGUGACGUAGCCCAAGGUGGCUUCGUUGAGCGUGUGGUUUUUAAGGGCAAUAUAAAAAUCGGACGAGACGGCUGGCGAUACAUUAGUUUAUUUAUAAACAUGUGUCGUUCGCUCAAAUCUAUGGAUUUGUCCCAAGUCCCAUUUCCGCAGCCGUCACCAAUAACUACACCUUCCCACAACCCUGGGAAUCUUAUUCACCGCACAACUAGCGCGACCUCUAUUCCGGAUGUGUCGUGUAUCCUAGCUAGAGCUCUUGGAGAGCGCUUAGCAGGACGAGAAUUCGAAUUGUUGAAUAUCGCUGAAUGCGGCUUAACCACAGAGCAGCUAGGAGCGAUCAUAGACGGUGCUAUCAAAUCAGGCUUACGUCGCCUUGGGAUUGCUGGCAAUAAUAUCACUCCGGAUGGCAUCCAACAUGUUGCUCGCUUUCUCCAACACGGUAAAUGUGAAGGUUUAGAUUUGGGAGGCAAUGAUCUGAAGGAGCAGCUCGACACUAUAUCGCGCGCUUUAGACAACGAUAACGAACUAUACGCCCUAAGUUUGUCCGACUGCAACCUAACACCGGAAUCAUUAUGGGCACUGUUCCCAGUUCUAUGCAAGCUGAAAAAUUUUCGGUUUAUUGAUUUGUCUCAAAACCAUGCUCUGUUCGAAACCCGGCCUAGUGCUCUCCCCUUGCUUAGAAGAUACCUGCCUAAGAUGCCUAUGCUUAAACGGAUACACCUAGCAGCUGUGUCGAUGACACCAGAGCAGGCUAUUGCCCUUGCCGAAAUACUCCCAGAGAGCCCUAACCUGGCUCACUUGAACAUAAUGGAGAAUCCACAACUAGCAACCCUGGCGAAUGCGAAGGAUGAGGCCAGCCAGGAAGAAGCAUGUGCCCUCUAUGCGUCACUUAUGGCAGCUGUGCGCGUCUCAAAGACCAUUGUAUGUAUCGACAUUGAAGUCCCAUCCAUUGAUUCGAGCGAGGUUGUCAAAGCAUUAGCCAAGCAAGUGGUUGCUUAUUGUUUGCGGAACAUGGAGCGUGGCCCAGUGGCUGAGAUUAGUGAGGCGGUCGCUAUAACAUUAGAGCCUCAAGGCGGUGAGAGAGAGGUCGAUAUCCCUGAUGUGUUGCUGCAUCUGGUCGGGCAUGGUGAGGAAGGUGAUGAAAAUCAUGAUGAGGAUGAUCCCGCACCCGAUGAAGAUUAUGUAAUUGGAGGCGGCGGUGUUGUCAAGGCGUUGGGUAUUUGUCUCAGAAAUAGAGGCAAUGAUUCAAGGAGUCCCUCAGUAGAUCGUACCAGGGAUCGUUCGGAUGGUGGCACUGGCUCGGGGAGACCGAGAACCCCUGCUCGUGGUGGCAAGGCGAAGGAUAUGUCGAAAAAUCUUCUUGCCAGCGCGCGGAGAAUACGCGCUCGAUUACAGCCGGCCUUGGUCAAGGAAUCGAGGGCAAAAGACAGAAGCAAUUAUCAUCGCCUCCUAUUCCUGGACCAGACACUUGAAGGUAUGAUCAAUCGAUUCGAAGCUGAAUAUCCAGAGACCCGUAUCCCUUCCGCCACAAUGCCACCACCUGUUACCGACCUCGCCCAGGAGACCGCUCCGACUGAUGUCCAUCUUUCAACGAGCCACAUCGGACAGGGUUCUGAUACCGAGCCUGUAGCUUUUGAGCAACCGCUCUCUGACGAUGAGGGUACCAUCCGUCCGGUCCUCUCUAGGCAUAGCUCGGAAGUUUCGCUUGCUUCUCGUGCUCUCGAUGUAGAGGAGGGUCAUAUGCACCGCUUUGGGCAACAAUUCCGGCGUGAUAUUGUCAAGCCAGAUCUGGAAACUGAAAGCCAUGCAACACCUGACCAAGGACAGCCUAGGCAUUUGGAGCUUCUGCGGGCUAUGAUGAAUGGUUGGGGCGGUGAGGAAAUCCGGAGCAAAAUUUAUCAAGUCGACCAUGAUGCCGUUAUAAAUGGGCCCGGCAACGAGGCGGCCAUGCUUAGGCAGCAGCUGAAGGAGCAAGAUCCCGAGGCCUGGCAGAAGUUUGUGGACAGCCAAAGGGUGGCCGUGCGGAACUUGGACGUUGGAUCUUCGCCGGAUAAUGAGAGUGCAGUUGAGUAA